AUGGGAAGAGUCCCGGGAAAACUCAAGGUGACACCCCCUUCUGAGUCUUACACCGAGGUUGGCACGUCGGGAAGUUAUACUACCUACCUCGAAGCCGUCAAUCUGUAUAGCUCACUGCCACCGCCACAUGCAUUGCACGCAUGGGCUGAUUCAGAUUGCUUCAAUUUACAUCUGGGCAUGACGGCAAAGUGUCCGGAACUGACUAAAUGGUUCAUCACCAAGGGGGGAGCAGACGACUGUGAAGACCCCCAAGUUUGCGGGGUUGAUGACUUUAUCAAGGAUAGGCUUCUUUCAAUAGCUUAUCUCGCAAUCUUCCACUUCCGCCGCAGACAUGCAUACCACCCAGCAGCUGGAGGGUCCAGCCCCGAUUGA